UAUCGAACGGGUAGUAUUUAAGGCUUUGGCUGCAGCGUAAGUUAUAAACUAAAAAUUCAAAACUUGAUAGACAAACUUACGCGACGCUUCUUAAUAUUUGACGUUUAAAAUGUUUUUGAUAAAAUCGUUUUCCGCAACGCUUUUUCUAUGCUUCAUCUUAGCAGGAAACACAAAAGCUGAUUUCGAUCCGAAUCUCAUAUGUGAACUACUGCCUGACAACACAAAAAUAAGAGAUCCACGUGCCUGUAACGCUUGGAUAGAGUGCACAAAUAAUGAAGCUGUUAGUGGUACUUGUGAUGGUGAGCUUUUCUAUGAUCGUGAGACUGAAGAAUGCGUUUCACCCGACAGUAUAAAAUGCAUAUCUAGUAAUCCCUGUGCUGCAACAGCUGGCACUGAUGGUUUCGUAGCAGAUCCCUAUUCCUGUAACGGCUACUAUUAUUGUAGUGCAGGAAAUGCAGCACAUGGAGAGUGCUCAUCUGGUAUGAAUUUCAAUCCAGGCACGCAAGAUUGUAUACGUAAUUUUCCCUGCCCUGCCAAAUUAAAUCCGGACAGUUAUUGUAAUAUUGUGCCUGAUGGUGUUUUUAUUAAGAACUCUACCGAUUGCAUUGGCUGGCAAAUGUGCUGGCAAGGUGUAGUUAUUAAUGGCACUUGCCCUGAUUACUUUUAUUUCAAUCGGCUAACCAGCAAAUGUGAUUAUCCACAAAAUGUUGACUGUAUACAACCAACAACGGAACCACCAACAAUGCCUGCUGGGGAAUCCUGCACAAAUAUUAAUGAUUUCAUCUCAGAUGGUUACUCAUGUAAUGGUUACUUUUUGUGUCGUUCCUUAAAAGCAGGAACUACUGACGACUACGACUUAGUACAUGGUGUUUGUGAUAAUGGACGGUUCUUUAGCCCUGAAAAUGGUGGUGCUUGUGUUAAUCGAACACAGAUCUAUUGUCCUUACAAUCGUUGUGUUGAUAUUGGCUAUGGAGGUAUUAAGCUGGUUAAUGAGUCGAGCGAUGAUUGCACUGGAUUUGCUUUAUGCCAAAAUGGUGAACAAAUCAGUGCUGGUACUUGUCCCGAUGGUGAAUAUUUCAAUGAAGUGACUCAGCUUUGUACAACAGAAGUUAUAUCUUUUCCGGCAUGCGCGUUAUCUGCGGAAGAAACAACAACAGAGCCAACAACAAUAGUCACUGAAUAAAUUUU